UGCGCAUUGCUGUGUUUUCAAACUGUAGUACAUUUUACACCUAUAACCUUUAGUACAUGUACCUUUAGUCUUCCUAUUUCACGGGUAAGCCCUGUAAAAACAAUAAUUACUACAACUGACAAAGAGUGAACAUUAUGACAUCAAGCAGAAAGUUAACCUAAAAUAUAUACCGUGUGCAUGGAACUACAGGAAGCCAUCCCUGUGGUAUUUCAGCGUCAGCAAAUCCUUUUCCUGUCUUUCUUUGAACUUUUCUGAGCACGCGUUUCUUCCACAUGGCGGUCCUUGUGUUUUUAUUAGUUUAGUUUAUUUCUAUUUAUUUAUUUUUUGCUUCUGCUUCCGGGAUUGAAUAUUUGUCGCGAAACCAAGAUGAAAACCUAAACAAACACUUACCACUAUGAAAACACAAGCAAGAAUUUAGAUUCGUACAAUAAAAGAAAGAAAGAAACGAAAACCGACAGCAAAGGAGACUCAUAUAAUUCUUUAAGAGGAACAUGUUGACUUCUGGGCGCUUUUCCUCCCCUAAUUUGGACUCAAAAAAAACUUUUUAACAAUAGGAAGAAAAUGGAAAGUUCUGAAUCCACAAAGACAUCAUUUUCGCGUUUCCUUUCGCUCUCUUGGCUGCCUCGCAGUUUCCUGUCAUUUAUCUUCGUUCUUCUUUACCACACACGAAUAUUCCAGACCCGUUAAUGAAAGCCAUAAAAAAAUAAGAGGAUAAACAUAAAGAGCGAAAAUCAGUAACAUAGUCUCAACUCGGAACAAGAGGAGACUUCAUGACCCAAAGUCUCGCAAAUAACGACCCCAGCGACAUGUGGCACCCCUGCCUUCCUUUCUGUGUGUGACAACGUUUGUCCCGCCACUCCACACGCAAGCCAGAGGCGGCGUUCGUUCUGUGAAUGUCCUACCUGUUCCUCAAGGAGAGAGCUAUCAAUAACACUCACACACGGAUGAUGUCCUUCAACCGAACCACCUCACUCGGCGUGGGUCUUGGAGGGCGAAGGACCGAGGAAGAGAUCUUCCUGUUGAGCUUCAUCGCGGCUGCGCUUUGUCUCGGCGUGAUAGCGAGCUUGGCCAUCGCCUUCUUCCUUCUCUCGUGGCUUCUCUGCAGCCUCGUGGAGACCAGGCGCAACGCCGCCGUCCACCGCGCCAGCAUGGAGGACGACCCUCUCCACGCCGCGAGAGAGGAGGUCGAAUACGACGACGUCGAGGCCGAGCCGCGGCCGCCCGUGCCUCCGCCUCGCCCCACCUCCGAGCGCUUCUUCCCUCCUCAUCUCACAGUGCUCCUGUCGUGGCACCGGCGAGGGUUCGUGACCUCUGACCCCAGCUGCGUGCCAGGGGCCGCCGAAGAAGCCUGGCUGUGGGGCGGCCGGUCCUGACCAGUUCUUCAGGAGCAUUUGUAGUUUGUAAUGCAAUGUUGAUGGACUAGAAGGCGGUACCUUAUUUGUAACUUGUCUACUGUCGAUGUUUUUAAGGUACUGAAUCAAUUACACAUAACGGAAUUUUUAUAUGUAUGACGUAUUUUCUAUCACAUAUUUAUAUAUUUACAGUCACCGUACUUGUAUGUUUAUUUUAAAGACUAAAACUCUGUGAUCAUUGCAAUAUGAAGGACAAUCGAGAAAAUGUGGCUAUAACAGUGGUUAUUCAGGAAGCCUAAAAGUGAUUUUGACACCAUGACACACACACACACACACACACACACACACACACACACACACACACACACACACACACACACACACACACACACACACACAGUUUGUGUGUUAUAAAUGGCAUAAAGUUUGGCUAAAAACGCAAAUUACGUUUUAAUUGGAACUCCUUCGUUGAAAAAUAAUAUUGACCUAGUCAUUUAUAUAAUCUGUGAGCACAGUGGAAUUUUCUUACAUUAGUGCAGCAAGGCCUUUAUCACUCAAAGGUAAAAUAUGUUUAAAUACGUUAAGAUGCAUUAAAUGGCUUCAGGUUUACGAUAACAAUAUAUAAUUUGGGGCACAUUAUGACGAACCAAAGAUUUAAAUUCCGCAUCAUUUCGAAUUAACUUCUGAAAGAUAAUGUAAGCAGCCAUACUUAUAAAAAAGUAAAUUAAAACAAUGGUAAGAAUAUUCAAAACA